CAGCCGGGAGGGGUUUACUAGACAGUCCUGUCUCUGUAACGUUAAUGGUGGAGUGAUUUGGAGAGGAGCCCAUGUUUACAGAAUGAAGGUUAAAGUCCUCUCGAGGAACCCGGAUGACUAUGUCCGGGAGACCAAACUAGAUAUUCAGCGUGUCCCUAGAAACUAUGACCCAACACUUCAUCCAUUUGAGGUGACUAGAGAGUACACCCGGGCUCUGAAUGCCACUAAACUGGAGAGGGUGUUUGCCAAGCCAUUCCUGGCCUCCCUGGACGGUCACAGGGAUGGUGUGAAUUGCAUGGCCAAGCAUACCAAGAGCCUUUCCACCCUGCUCUCUGGCUCCUGCGAUGGGGAGGUGAAAGUGUGGAAUCUGACCAAACAUGAAUGUGUCCGCACACUCCAAGCACAUGAAGGUUUUGUCCGGGGAAUGGUUGUCCGAUAUUGUGGAGCUUCCUUUUUUACGGUUGGUGAUGACAAAACAAUCAAACAAUGGAAAAUGGAAGCGAUGGGUUACGGAGAGGAAGAGGUGCCCCUUAAUACUAUCCUGGGCAAGACUGUAUUCACAGGACUGGACCAUCACCAGAAGGAUGGUGUAUUUGCAACAUGUGGCCAGCAGGUGGACAUCUGGGAUGAGCAGAGGAGUAGCCCAAUCCGUUCUUUCACAUGGGGCGUAGACAGCUUUAGCUGUGUCCGCUUCAACCCUGUAGAGACUGAACUUCUUGGAAGCUGUGCUUCUGACAGAAGCAUAGUGCUCUAUGAUAUGAGAGAAUCGAUGCCACUUAAAAAGGUUAUAAUGACAAUGAGGAGCAACACAUUAUGCUGGAACCCCAUGGAAGCCUAUUAUUUCACAUGCUCAAAUGAAGACUACAACCUCUACACAUAUGACAUGAGGUACCUGCAGCGGCCCGUCACAGUGCACAUGGACCAUGUCUCUGCAGUGCUUGAUGUUGACUACUCUCCUACUGGGAAGGAAUUUGUAUCUGCCAGUUUUGACAAGACGGUCCGUAUCUUCCUCAAGGAUGGUGGCCACAGCAGGGAAGUGUACCACACCAAACGCAUGCAGCAUGUCAUCUGUGUUAAAUGGUCGGCAGACAGCAAGUACAUCAUGAGUGGGUCUGAUGAAAUGAACAUCCGACUGUGGAAAGCCAACGCAGCUGAGAAAUUAGGAGUGCUGGCCCCCAGAGAGAGGCAGGCUGCCAACUAUAGUCAGAAGCUGAAGGAGAAGUUCCAGCACCACCCACAGAUCCGACGCAUAGCUCGUCACCGACAUUUACCCAAGAACAUCUACCAUCAGACCAAGGAGUUGAGGAUUAUGAAGGAGGCUCGCAGUAGGAAGGAGAGGAAUGUUCGCAAACACAGCAAACCUGGCACUAUUCCUGUGGUGUCUGAGAAGGAGAAGCACGUUGUCACUGUGGUGCAAUAAACAGAACUGGAAAAGAGCACAGUGGACAUGAUGAUACUGCCCUCACUUAAUAAAGAAAAAUGAUACCACUUGUUAGUUGGGGGAAAGCCAA